AUGUCAAAGCAAUCUGAAAAAACUAAAAGUCUCUAUUUUGGAUACAUAACUACACUGUCUGGCCCUUUAGUCCUAAGUGGUGCAAUACCAGUAGUUGAUCUUGCACUGGAGCUUAUUAAUGAAAGGGACGAUGUUCUACAGAACUAUACUCUGAACUACACACAUAUUUUGGAUUCAAAGUGCGAUCGUACUACAUCACUUGAUAAUUUUUUUCAAUUGAUAAACAAUGACACUACUUAUGUGUCAUUGAUUGGAUGUGGAUGUUCUCCUGCUACUAUACCAGUAGCAGAAAUUAGUCACUAUUGGAAUAUACCACAUUUGGCUUAUGCAGCUGGUGCUGAUAUCCUGAAUGAUCGAAGUCGAUUCAGAAACUUUUUCAGAACAAUUCUGUCUCUUAGAUAUUCUGGGGCAUCCUUGGGUCAGUUAAUGAGAGAAUUUGGAUGGAGACAAAUGGCAGUAAUAACACAAGAUGAGAUUGUGUUCAGACAAAUCACUGAAAGUGCUACUAAUAUCUUUGAGGACCAAGGAUGGAAAUUGAGCAGUUUUGUUGUCUUAUCAAGUGGUAACCCUUUAUCCUACUUUGACAGAAGCAAUGUUAAGAACUUUAGAAUCAUUCACAUUAAUGCAUAUCCUAAUUUUGCUUAUAAGAUACUGUGUGAGGCAUAUUAUAGAGAUAUGAUUGGUCCCAUGUAUUUGUGGAUUAUUCCAAUGUGGUAUAAUACUGGUUGGUGGAGGACCAACAGCACUUCAUUUUCAAACAAUGUUUCCUGUACAGAUGAAAUUAUGUCAAAAGUCAUUGAUGGAAUUAUAGGUAUAGUUCCAGAUGGGUUUUUAACUCUUCAGAAUGAAUCAUUGGUAACAUUUUCCGGCCUACAUGCCAAAGCUAAAUGUACCCGAGGAGAAUCAGAAGCCUCGUCUCCACUCAAAGGAACUAUCAGGAACCAAGAAACUAGCACUGAAGAUUCGACUAAACAACAGGAGAGAGACUACUCGUGA